AGCUCAUCCGGCGCAUCGCUGACGGCAUUCACGGGCGGGAUGUGUGCUCAUCCAAGGGUGUCCAUUAUCGUGUAGCUCACAGCGACCCUCUGGCGAUCGAAGCAGCAGAAGUUCACGACAAAUUCAAUCGUUGCGUAGUGGGAGCUGUGAUGAAACUUCUGCCUGCUACACCCGAGCGUUGAUAACCAGCUCUAAGCCUGCCUCAAUCACUUCCAGCCAUGAGCUAAGGUACCGAGCGAGUCGCAAACUAUCAACCUUGAGCCUCAUAGGCCCCCUUCGUGAUCGCCUGGCCACACAAUAUCGGCUUAACUCACCAUGGCAUCCGCUUCACGGAACGGUGCCCGCUUCCAGCCGCUUCCCUCGGGACCUUCAGGGCCGGGCUCCACCUCCUCAAGGUCGUCCUUUGACUCAACGUCAGAUCCCAACGAUGCCGACGACGAAGCUUUCGCCCUUCUAUCCGAUGCCGAUGCCGAUGCCGCAUCUCUUCUUUCGGAUGACAUCGAGCUUGAAGAGUUGUCUACUGCCGGACCGUCUGUCGGCUCGGGCUCUCGUCUGGCCAAGACUCGCUCGGAGAUGGAUCAACGGUUCCAAGAUGCCAUCAACGCUGAACGUACCAUGGCACCGCGAGAUGCCAUCCGCGCCUAUCCGAUGGCCGUGUUCUGGAGUCUCGUCGUAUCUCUAUGUGUGAUCAUGGAAGGCUACGACACCAUCCUCAUCGGCAGCUUCUUCGCUCACCCAGAGUUCGCUAAGAAAUUCGGCGACGGUAAAGACAAUGAAGGCCGAGACCAGCUCUCAGCUCUCUGGCAAGCCGUGCUCGGCAACAGCAGUACCUUCGGCUGCAUCAUCGGAGUCAUUGCCAACGGAUUCCUCGUCGAGCGGUGUGGCCAAAAGACCGCCCUCAUCAGCUCCCUAUUCGUGCUCUCCGGCUGCAUCUUCAUCACCUUCUUCGCGACCAACAAGACCAUGCUCAUGCUUGGCCAGAUCGCGUGCGGCUUGCCCUGGGGCGUCUUCGCAUCGUCGGCACCCGCGUACGCAUCUGAGGUCUUGCCGUUGACGCUGCGGGUGUACCUGACGACGUGGACCAACAUGUGCUUCAUCAUCGGCCAGCUCAUGUCUGCGGCCGUGCUCGCGGGACUACUGCCACGGAAGGAUGAAUGGUCAUACCGGAUCCCGUUCGCGUUGCAGUGGUCCUGGCCGGUGCUGCUCAUCCCCCUGCUGGUGUUUGCGCCAGAAUCCCCAUGGCAUCUUGUCCGGACCGGACAGCUGGACAAGGCAGAAAAGGCUUUACUGCGUCUACAGAGACGGAAAGUCAACAAUCUAGACGCCAAAGUCCGUCUGCGGGAAAUUAUAGAAACCGAUCGAAUGGAGCAGGAGCACCAGACAGGAACAACCUACUGGGACUGCUUCCGCGGCGUCGAACGUCGCCGCACAGAAAUCGCCUGCGUAGCAUUCGCAGGCCAAGUGCUUUCCGGUUCAAGCUUUGCCUAUAACUCGGUCUAUUUCUUUCAGCAAGCCGGGCUGAAUCCGCAGGACGACUACAACCUCAACGUCGGUGGUACCGCGCUGGCCCUGGUCGGGACCGUCGUCAACUGGGUCGCGCUGAUGCCGUACUUUGGUCGUCGUCGCAUCUAUCUCUGGGGCAUGUUCAGCAUGUCUACGAUACUCUUCAUCAUUGGCAUCCUCGACAGGAUAGGGCGGUUGCCGAAUGCACCCUCGUCACCUAUAGGCUGGGUCCAGGCCUGUCUUACUCUUGUCUGGACCUUUAUCUUCCAGCUGUCUGUCGGUCAGCUUGGAUGGGCCAUACCUGCCGAGGUCGGGUCAACGCGUCUCCGGCAGAAGACUAUUUGCGUUGCCAGAUCUACCUACUACGUUAUGAAUUUACUGGCCAAUGCCUUCCAGCCAUUCUUCAUCAACCCGAACGCGCUAAACCUCAAGGGUACUACAGGCUUCGUUUGGGGAACUUCAGCGUUCCUCACGUUCAUAUGGGCAUUUUUCCGAUUGCCGGAAACAAAGGGGCGAACGUACGAGGAGCUGGAUUAUCUCUUCCAUAACAACACCGCGACAAGGCAAUUUGAUAAGACAGAGGUGGAUGUUUUCGAAGGGGGUUAUGAGAAGGUGUCGCCACCAAUGUCUCGAUGAAAUUCUUCAAGCUCUCUCGUUGGAUCCAGUUAUCUGGCAAGAUCGGUACUUACUUACAUAGAGGGAAGGAAUAGAGAAUACGCUUAGGUUGUAAGACGCACCGGCACUGGCUAGUCAACGUGUGUGAUAUGAAGUCUCGCUCGUGAUCCGAAGAGAGAACCAAUCUUUUAUUGUCUCAUAUAUAACUUUCACGGGACUGAGACGACCUAUCCCACAGUUGGAUUUCCUUUGAACUCACAGCCAUUAGUCGAUUAUCUGUUGGAUACUGUUGGCCAUUUGAGGCCUUGAAUGAAUCGUUUCCUGGCACACAUGCACUCAUCUCACAGCUUGAGACCAGGGGCUUGCAUUAUGACGUAGUGAACGACUACGCGUACCCUUGGAGUUAUUUCUUCGAUCCCG